AUGAAACUAAGAAUUAUCACCCCACCUGUCAAGCAGAUUUUUUCCUUCAGUGAUGAGGAUCAAGAUGCCAUAAUUGAGCCUCUUCUUAAUUUGGUUGAAAAUUCACUUAAUGAGUUUCUUAUCAAGAAUCAACAUAUGAUUCCUUUUGAGGUCAUCAAGGGCUUUGCCUCCAAACAGUAUUUACUUAUAAAUCCUAACUUUAGUAAUGCUGACACUCUUAAUAUGCUUAACUUUAUCAUUGAAAAUAUAAACCUUUUUGAUAAGUCAGUAUUCCAUAGUCAACAUAAGUCAGCUCUCAUUAAUCUUUUCAAAAAUUUUAAGAACAAUGUUCGGUAUAAAAUGGCAUAUAGUAUAUUAAUAGAUCAAAAGGGUCGAUGGAGCAAUCACGCACUCCAAAAUGUUACUAUUCUUGCAUGUGAUGUCGUCACAUAUUUAGAGGUCAAUGAAACAAAAAAGAAGUCCAAGCAAAAAAUAAUGAAGAUGGCUUUAAGAGAAAAUGAAGACUUAAUCCAGAUAUGGAGAGUUGUUAAAACAACAGAGUGCAGAAAAAAGCAAUCCUAUGAAUUUAUUGAUUUUGUGAACCUAACAUUUGGCUUAGACUUAAAGUACAUUGGUAUCGAAGUGGAGCAAUCAAAAUUCUGCUCUGAUUCACCUGAAGCAAAACAAGUUAUGUAA